AUGACAGCGGCCGCCUGGUGCUCCUUCGUGGCCCUGGUGGCACUCCUGCUGGCCGCGGCGGCGGCGGCGGCUCAGCCCUCGCAGAACCGGCAGCUGCAAAGGCCGAGGUCUUUUAAAUGUGGUGGUGUUGUAACUGGAUUAUCAGGGUUAAUUGGCAGUGAAGGAUAUCCAGGAGUCUACCCUCCAAACAGCAAGUGUUCUUGGAAAAUCACAGUUCCUGAAGGGAAAGUGGUUGUCCUUUCCUUUAGGUCCAUUGACUUGGAGAGUGAUAACUUGUGCAGAUACGACUUUGUGGAUGUAUACAAUGGCCAUGUCAAUGGACAACGCCUUGGCAGAUUCUGUGGCACUUUCAGACCUGGUGCUCUAGUAGCCAAUAGCAAUAAAAUGUUGGUGCAGAUGAUUUCAGAUGCCAAUACAGCCGGAAAUGGCUUUGUUGCGAAAUUUUCUGCAGCAGAACCACACGAGAGAGGAGAUCAGUACUGUGGUGGUCUACUGGAUAAGCCUUCUGGUUCCUUUAAAACUCCUAAUUGGCCUGAUCGAGAUUACCCAGCAGGAGUGACCUGCUCAUGGCAUAUUGUUGCACCAAAGAAUCAGCUAAUAGAGUUAAAGUUUGAAAAAUUUGAUGUGGAGAGAGAUAACUACUGCAGAUAUGACUAUGUGGCUGUGUUCAAUGGUGGGGAGAUAAACGAUGCUAAACGAAUUGGAAAAUACUGUGGAGACAGUCCACCAGCGCCUAUUGUAUCCGAGAAAAAUGAGUUGCUUGUUCAGUUCUUGUCAGAUUUAAGUUUAACUGCUGAUGGCUUUAUUGGUCACUACAAAUUCAGACCUAAAAAAUUGCCUACAACUGUGUCACCAACUACUACUACAACUCGCCCUGCCACACCAUCUUUGAAACCGACAGUUGCCCUGUGCCAGCAAAAAUGCAGAAGGAGCGGAACCCUAGAGAGCAAUUACUGUUCGAGUAACUUUGUAAUAACUGGAUCUUGUAUCACAACAAAUACCAGAGGUGGAAGCUUGCAUGCAACAAUAUCAAUUAUUAAUGUAUAUAAAGAAGGAAAUUUAGCAAUCCAGCAAGCAGGCAAAAAUAUGAGUGCCAAGAUAGUUGUUGUCUGUAAACAGUGUCCGGUUAUCAGAAGAGGACUAAAUUAUGUUAUCAUGGGCCAGGUAGAAGAGGAUGGCAGAGGUAAAAUCUUACCCAGCAGCUUUAUCAUGAGUUUCAAGACCAAGAAUCAGAAAAUUCUGAAUACCUUGAAAAACAAACAGUGUUGAAAUGUGAAUUCUUAGAGCUUCAUCCUGUCAGCUG